AUGAAGGUCACGAUCAAGGAAUGGAAUUCUGUCGCGACAUGGCAAUGGGAUCUGCCUGAGGACGACGUUUGUGGUAUCUGCCAGGUUCAUUUUGACGGUACCUGUCCGACAUGUAAAUUCCCCGGCGAUGAAUGCAAUCUGUUAUCGGGAAAAUGCGGACACAGCUUUCACAUGCAUUGCAUUUUGGAGUGGAUUAAACAAGAUUCUGCCCGAGGACAAUGUCCCAUGUGCCGUCAACCGUUCGAAUGGAUUGACAAGGGCAAUGAAGCAGUACCACAGGUGGAUUGA